AUGAAUAAAACAAAAGAUAGUCUUGAUUUAACAAUUUCUUAUUAUUUAUCAUUAGAAAAUUGUUCUCAAUUAUUUUUAACAUUAUCCGAUUUAAUUUCAUUCUAUUCAUUAAAAAUACCAAACAUAACAAUUUUACAAGAAAGUAUAACAACAUUAAAAUUAAUUAAUUUAUGUCUAAAUAUUGAUAUAAAAAGUAUACAAAAAUUAAAGAGUCUUCGUCGUAUAUUUUUUCAAAAUUGUACUAUUCAUUUUAUGGCCAGUCAAUACCAAGAGGAUUAUGAUUUUUAUCCCAAAAAUUUAUCUCGAUGGUCAUUUAGUCAAGGUCAAACGGAUUCAUUUGAUCAAUUUAUUAUCAUGAUUAAUCAAUUAGGUCCUUUAAAAUUUGAUUUAAAAUUAUCGAAUUGUUUUAAACCAAUUUUUUCUUUUAAUCAUUUUAUUCCACUUGAUACACAAUUAAUUUUUCUUGAUAUAACAUGUCAAUAUUUUCAAAUUGAUGAGCCAUAUAAUAUUAAAACGCGCACAGCGAUUUUUCUUACACCAACACUAAUUAUUAAUACACAAUCAAGUCCUUGUCCAUCAAUUCAUAAAUAUCAUUGGUUAAGUUUAAAACGUAGUUAUACAAAACUAUUUUCUUUACGAACAUUUAUAUGUGAAAAUCGUCUUAUUCAACUUAAUUUUGAUAUAAAUCAAACAACAAUUACAAAUACAAAAAUUACUAUUACAACUCAAAUAAUGUUGACACAAGCAACUAUUUUUAACAAAUGGAAAGUACCAAUUAUAAUUAAUUUUUCUGUUGUUCUUAUAUCGAUUAUCAUGUUAUAUAUCUGUAAAGCUGAUGAUGAUACAGAUACAACAUCAACAGCAAUUCCACCAAAAGUUGAUGAUGAUAUAGGAAAACACAGUGAUGCAUCAAAAACUGAUGACGAAGUUGUACAAAAAGAAGAAGAAGCUAUUAAAUUAGAUGGUUUAAGUGCAAAAGAAUUUCGUACAUUAAUUGAUGCAUCAGAAAAACAUCAAUUUCAAACUGAAGUUAAUCGUAUGAUGAAAUUGAUUAUUAAUUCAUUAUAUAAAAAUAAAGAAAUCUUUUUACGUGAACUUAUAUCAAAUGCAUCCGAUGCACUUGAUAAAAUACGUUUUCUUUCUCUUACGGAUAAGACUGUACUUGGUGAUAAAGAAGAAUUAACAAUACGUAUUAAAAUUGAUAAAGAUAAUCGUAUGUUACAUAUAACAGAUACUGGUAUUGGUAUGACUAAAGCUGAUCUUGUACAAUUUCUUGGUACAAUUGCUAAAUCAGAUACAUCAGAAUUUUUAAAUAAAGUUCAAGAUGCACAAAAAGAUGGCAGAGAAGGUGUAUCAAUGAGCGAUCUUAUUGGACAAUUUGGUGUUGGUUUUUAUUCAAGUUUUCUUGUUGCUGAUAAAGUUGUUGUUACAUCUAAAAAUAAUGCUGAUGAUCAACAUAUUUGGGAAUCAGAUUCAACAUCUUUUAAUGUUUUUAAAGAUCCUCGGGGUAAUACACUUGGUCGUGGAACAACAGUCAGUCUUCAUUUGAAAGAAGAAGCUGGUGAAUAUUUAGAAGCAUCAACACUUGAAGAAAUCAUUCGUAAAUAUUCGCAAUUUAUUAAUUUUAAUAUUUACUUAUGGAAAUCAAAAGUUGUCAAAGAAGAAGUACCUGAUGAUGAUGCUUCUGAAGAGAAAAAAACUGAUGAAACUGAAAAGAAAACAGAUGAUGAUGCAGCUGUUGAAGAUGAUAAAGAAGAAGAAAAGAAAUCGAAAACAAAAACAGUCGAUAAAACCGUUUGGGAUUGGGAAUUAAUGAAUGAAAGUAAACCAAUUUGGCAACGAAAAUCAUCUGAAGUAACUGAAGAUGAAUAUCAUGCUUUUUACAAAUCAUUUGCUAAAGACAGUGAUGCACCAAUGAUCUACAGUCAUUUUACUGCUGAAGGUGAAGUAACAUUUAAAUCAAUACUCUAUGUUCCAAAAGCAGCACCAUUUGAUUUAUUUUCAAAUUAUAAUAAAAAAACUGAUGCUAUUAAACUUUAUGUUCGUCGUGUAUUUAUUACUGAUAAUUUUGAAGAAAUGAUGCCAAAAUAUUUAUCAUUUAUUCGUGGUGUUGUUGAUAGUGAUGAUUUACCAUUGAAUGUUUCACGUGAAACAUUACAACAAUCAAAAUUACUUAAAGUUAUUAAAAAGAAACUUGUACGAAAAGCAUUAGAUAUGUUAAAAAAGAUUUCUCCAGAUGAUUAUACAGCAUUUUGGAAAGAAUAUGGUACAAAUAUAAAAUUAGGUGUUAUUGAAGAUUCAGCAAAUCGUACACGUUUAGCUAAAUUACUUCGUUUUUCAACAUCAUUAUCAAAAGAUAAAUUAAUUAGUUUAACAGAAUAUGUUGAACGUAUGAAACCAAAACAAGAACAUAUCUAUUUUAUUUCUGCUAUGUCAAUUGAAGAAGCAGAAAAAUCACCAUUUGUUGAACGUAUUUUAAGAAAAGGUUAUGAAGUUCUUUAUUUAGUUGAUCCUGUUGAUCAAUAUUGUAUGCAAUCUUUACCUGAAUAUGAAGGUAAAAAAUUUCAAAAUGUUGCUAAAGAUGGUUUAGAAUUAGAUAAAUCAAAUACCAAAAAGGAAGAAGAAAAAAAACAUUUAGAAAAACUUUAUGAACCAUUAUUAACAUGGCUUAAAGAAAAACUUGGUGAAAAAAUAAGUGAUGCUAAAAUAUCUGAUCGUCUUGUUCAAACACCUAUGGCACUUGUUGCAUCACAAUGGGGUUAUGAUGGUAAUAUGGAACGAAUAGCUCGUGCUCAAGCAUAUCAAAAAAGUGGAGGUGAUGCAACAAUGAAUUAUUAUUUAAAUCAAAAGAAAACAUUAGAAAUAAAUCCUCGUCAUCCACUUAUUAAAGAUUUACUUCGUCGUGUUGAAGAUUCAAAGGAUGAUAAAACAGCUCUUGAUUUAGCUAAUGUUAUGGUUGAAGCUGCAACACUUCGAUCUGGUUAUGAUUUGAAAGAUUCAGCUGGUUUUGCUGAUCGUAUUGAAUCAAUGUUACGACGUGCUAUGGGCAUUUCAUUAGAUGAAAAAGUUGAAGAUGAACCUGUUGAUGAAGAAACUGAUGCUAAACCAGAUACAAAGGAAGAUGAAAAUGUUAUUGAUGAUGAUGAUGAUACAAAUAAACAAUCAACAACAGUAUGUUUAUUAGAAACUUAA